GCCAACCGUUUGCCGUUUUAAUUUUUGGCCCCGAAUCCGGAAUAUGAGUGAUACGCGUGAGCAGAUACUGGAGCAAAUCAAAGUGCAAGGCGAUCUCGUCCGUCAAUUGAAAACAGCGAAGGAGUCGAAGGAGAAGAACUUUAACCAGGCCACCGGUCAAGAUCGGAGUCAGCAUAGGGAUCGGGAGGAGGCGGAGGAGCAGCGCCGGGGAGCAGCGGGCGGGGCCGUCUGAAGUGGCGGUGGCCAGCAUGCCGGAGACGCUGCCCGCGACUGCGACUGCGACGGUGACGGUGACGGCGUCGGGCAUCGACUGCACCGUGGCGGUGCUCAAGGUGCCCACGCCCACCCUUCAGCUGCCGGAGGUGUGCAACCUGCAGAGCCUGGGGCUCAUCAUGGAGCCCAACAACAUCAACAUCGAGCUCAAUCCCGCCGCCCUCGUCACGCCCCCCGUCCUGGAGCCAGUGGGAUUCAAGAUGAUGACUAUGGACAUUACCAAAACCGAACCCGGUCUCGUCGGGCUUUCCUCCAACCAACAGCAGCAGCAGCAGCAGCAACAGCAGCAGCAGCAGCAGUCGCAGCAAUCCAACGCCGGCAUGAACAGCGGUGGCCAGAACAACGGGCCCAAUCCCAAUGGCAAUGGGAAUGUGGUCAAUGUGGUCAACUCCGGCGGGGCCGGCGGUGGCGGCAACAAUGGCAACGGGAAUGUCCAAAGCAUCGCCGCUGCCGCCAACAAUAACAAUAAUAAUAACAACAACGGCAGCCAAUUGUGCGCCGGAUGCGGCAAGCACAUCCAGGAUCGCUACCUCCUCCGCGCCCUGGACAUGCUGUGGCACGAGGAUUGCCUCAAGUGCGGCUGCUGCGACUGCCGCCUGGGCGAAGUGGGCUCCACGCUCUACACCAAGGGCAACCUGAUGCUCUGCAAGCGCGACUACUUGAGAUUGUUCGGCAACACGGGCUACUGUGCCGCCUGCAGCAAGGUGAUCCCCGCCUUUGAAAUGGUGAUGCGUGCCCGCACCAAUGUGUACCACCUGGAGUGCUUCGCCUGUCAGCAGUGCAACCACAGAUUCUGCGUGGGCGACCGCUUUUACCUGUGCGAGAACAAGAUACUCUGCGAGUACGAUUACGAGGAGCGACUGGUCUUCGCCUCGAUGGCCAAUCAUCCGAUGCUGAAGCGCCACGUCUCCUCGCUGGGCCAGGGAUCGCCAACUGGGGCGGCUGGGGCGCAGAACAACGCCGGUGGACUGCUGGGCGGCGGACCCGGCGGCGGGGUGGCCAAUGUCAAUGGCGUUGGCAUGGUCAAUGGACCGCGGACGCCGGGCGAUCACAAUAACAACAACAAUGGCCCCCAGACGCCCACCGGCGGUGGAUCGCCGUUCGCCGCAGCCGCCGCCGCUGCCGCCGCCGCUGCCCACAUGAAGAAUCAGCUGGGAGCGUCCAGCUAAAAUAAAGCCCUGGGCAUGGGCGCUGCUGGUACUGUUGUGACGGGAUCUGGAAUGGGCACUGGACUAGGCGUUGGCGUUGGCGUUGGCAUUGGAGUUGGAGCGACUGCCAGUCAGCAAUUCUAUUCGGGCUUUGGACUGCAGCACCAGCAUCAGCAGCAGCAGCAGCAGCAGCAUCAACAGCAGCAGCAUCAACAGCAACAGCAGCAGCAGCAGCUCAUGGGUUUGGGUAUGGGAAUGGGCAGCGGUGGAGGAGCAGGAUCCACCAGUGGAGGAGCCACAGGAGGAGGCGUUGGCAGCAUCGGCAGCGGCUGCAAGCGCUACCAAAGAAAGUUCUACAACCGCAACUGAGAGAAUCGACAUCAUCGAGAAGGGGGAGAAAAAGAAAACGCUAUGGGAAAGGAUAAUGAUGAUACAGACAUCCGGAUUCGAUAUUCAAAUCUUCGUUUGCUUUGACUGAGUUCAAGUUUUAUAGUUUUAGAAAUCACUAGUUUAGUUUAGCCUACACAAAAGUACUUGCUGAAGUUGCGCAUACAUUUUUGGAUUCUAACAUUUAAGAGACAAUAUGUUUACUUAGUUCUAUUCGAGGUGUUUUUUUUUUUCUUGUGUUUUCACCGAGACAAUCUGUACAUAUUUUCCUUGUGAACUGUUGACUUUAUAGUGCGAUCCCUUUUUUUUUAUAUAUAUAUAUAUAUAAACUCCACCAUAUAGAUAUAUUUGUAUUUAUCUAUGUGUAAUGUAUAAUGCAUAAAUAAUUUUAUUUUCACGCUCGAAGCGUGCGGUGCCAAAACAAAUUCAAAGCAGUGCCAAAAAGUUAAAAAAUAAAUGAAGGAUAAAAAGUGAAGUGGAGGAGGAGAUUCGAUGGAGGCGGCUGAAAUUCGGAUAUGUGGACUUCUGAAAUAUCGAUAGAGAUAGAGAUAGAGAGAGAGAGAAGAGAGCGAGAGUUAAACAUCCCCACCGAUCAAUGUUCGAUUUUCAAUGGGUCUGUGGAUCUGUGCAUCCGAAAGAAGCCGCAGGAGGUGGGAUGAGUUGGAUAAGUUGGAUAAGUUAAAGGGCAAUUGGCAAAGUGAACUUUGAUGUGUAAAUAUUGAAAACAUUCUGCACACGACUUAAGCACACAUGAUGAUUUUUGUUCUGAUUCCAUUUUAAGUCUGUUGGAGCAACGUUGUUGAUUAUUAUUUAAGUUUAGUUUAGUGCGAGGCUAAAGAAUGUUCUUUCCACGGCGAACGUUGUACUUGUAUAGAAGUAGCAGAGCAGCGGUAGAUGUAAAGAGCCUAAGCCUAAGCCUAGGGUCGAUGUAAAGUUAGGGACGUGUGUAUGUAUCUAUAUAACCAAGUGAACUAGUUACAAUAUGGAUGUAUUUAUUAAUCCUUUUUUCUUUUUUUUUAUUUUUUUUUUUUUUUGCAAUCUAAUGUAACACUAAUCAAUACGCGUAAUUAGAGUUCGAGUUCGGAGCUAGCGAAUAUAUACUAAGUAAAGGGAGAAACCAAAGUGUGUGUGUAUAAGCAUCAUCAGUCUAUCUACGAGCGAUAAACAAUACUACCUAUCUAUCGAAUUACCGAAACUAUGUUAAAUAUCGUAAUAAUCUAAUAAUCAGACCUAAGUAAGAGCGAUUACCCAAUAUUUUUUUUGUAUCGUAUUGUUAGAGAGCAGGCAUAAAGUUAAAUCAAAAAUAUCUAAAGUGUAAGAUAAACCCGCUUAGACCUAUACAUACACGUGCAUAUACAUUACAAAAACACAAACCAUACUCCAUCAUGUUUUUUGGACAGCAACUAUUAAUAAAUAAACAAAAACAACAAAACCAGAACAAAUGCAGAUGCAAAUGCAAAUGAAAAAAAUCAAAAACUAAAUAAAAAAGAGAGUAAAAAAGCAAAAAAAUAAAACAAAAGCUAAAGCAAAACAAAACAAAAGGAAACAAUAAAUGUAAUUAACAAACAUUUGAAAAAAUUAA